GGAGCUGCUGUCCUGCCUCAGUUUCAAAACUAAAACGCGCGUUUUCUCGCGGCCGUGUGACACGCCACGCUGUCGUUUCAUGGAGCCUGCGACAGGAACAGCAACACCACUGGCGUCCCGAAAUGGUUUUUUUAGGUAAUGAUGAGCUGACGGCGGACGUCUUGGUGUAUACGCCUCUAUCGUGAGCGAUUUCUUGCUCGCCACCAGACUGAUGGAAUCGAGUCCCAAUUGACAUUUUCACAGAGUAAUUGACGCUGGAAAUCAUGGAAUACUGCACUCUUCUCCCAGAGACCGCCCGUGGAUGCAUAGUCAGCAUAGAGGGCCAUGGACAAGAACUACGCAAUAGCGGCCCAGCAUGGCACAGACGUUUCGUCCUCCCUGCCUCACAGUCGCAGACCAGACGCACAAUACGCGCUUCCUAGCACUCGUACUGCCUGAGCGUCUGUUCACUACGGACACGCAUUGCUACAGGCUCGCAAGAGGGGUCCCGCGAUCUACAGAACGAAUGACCAUAGGUCCAGAACGCGUCAACCUUUUGAUACCGGACGUGCUCCGUCCCAUCGGGCCUACCACAUUCAAGAAAGCUAUAUAGAAGGCUACCAGAAGUCGACCUUAUUUUUUCUUCCAUCAAGCUCCAAUCCGAUACCCAUUGAGCAAGGUGUACCCAAGUAUCAAUACAUUCAC